AUGUCCGACUCCGAGAAGUUGUCCGGAAAUGAGAACAACGGCAAUGACUCUUCCAUUGAAAAUCCCGCCCAGUCAACAUCUCAAUCAGCAGAGGACUUCAAAGAGGGUGGCUCUGGAUGGGUUGUCAUUUUCGCCGUCUUUCUACUCAAUUUCCACACGUGGGGAUUGAACUCGACCUUUGCUGUGUUCUUGGCAUACUAUCUGAAGACGAACGCUUUUGACACGACGCCGCUGGGAUAUGCAUUCGUCGGUGGACUCUCCAUUUCUAUAGCCCUCCUAGCUUCUCCACUUACGACCUUUCUUGCUGGCUGGAAACGAUUUGGCACCAGAUGGACGAUUUUUCUUGGAGCUGUGUUUGAGACUAUUGGUUUCAUCGGUUCGUCUUUCGCCUCGCAAUUAUGGCACAUCCUACUAAGCCAGGGCGUCUCCUUCGGCCUCGGAAUGGGCCUCUGCUUCGUUGCCUCCGCCGCCGUGCCCCCUCAAUGGUUUACCAAGCGCCGGUCUUUCGCCAAUGCCAUCGCAGCUUCUGGAUCAGGGUUCGGCGGCCUCUGCUACUCCCUAGCCUCGAACGCCAUGAUUGCGAGAAUCGGCCUGCCAUGGACCUUCCGUGUCAUCGCCAUCAUCUGUUUCGUAGUGAACGGGGCAGCCAGCUUCUUCAUACGCGAUAGGAACAAGGCUAUCGGUUCCGUCCACGUCCCUUUCAACUGGCAACUCUUCAAGCGACCAUCCUUUCUGAUGCUCGAGGCUUGGAUGGUCCUGUCUAUACUUGGCUAUACCAUUCUCGUCUUCAGCAUCGUCGCCUACUGCCAAGAAGUUGGCCUCUCAUCCUCCCAAGCGUCUUUGGUGGGAGCAAUGUUCAAUCUUGCCCAAGGCAUUGGACGUCCCGUCAUAGGGUUGUCCAGCGACUACGUAGGGCGUCUCAAUGUCGCUAAUUUCAGCACUUUGCUAUGCGGCCUUCUAUGCUUAUUCUUUUGGACAUUCGGGGCCAGGAGCCUGGCCUCAUGUAUCGUGUUCGCUCUCCUAAGCGGGAGCGUAGCUGGAGCCAUGUGGGCGACUAUUGCCCCCAUAGCUGCCGAGGUGGUCGGCCUAGCCAUAAUUCCGUCUGCUUUAGCAAUGACUUGGCUCGUGCUCGUCAUACCGGCUACUUUUGCCGAGGUCAUUGGCCUGAGUCUACGGCAGCCCGGAUCGUGGGGUUACCUCCACGCCCAGAUAUUCACUGGGUUCAUGUAUAUAGGAGCGUUCAUUUUCGGCUGGGGUCUCCGAGCCUGGAAAGUCUGGGAGCUGGAGCAGAUACGGCUGGACAAGGAGGAGCGAGAACUCGCUAUACGUGACGACGGUGUUGUGGGGACGGCUGACCUUGAGAGACAUGUUAGUCGGACGCCUACCGUUCGGCAGCGCGUUUUGAAACUCAGGGGACUUUGGUCCGUACAGCGUGUUUAG